AUGCGAUUUUUUGCGGCGUCUUUAGCUGCCCUGUCUUGGGUCUCUGUAGCUCAUGCCGCCGUCGAGGCUUUUGUACUCGAUGGCCGUAUGGACUCAGCAUCAGCUAGCGGAACAGCCACCAACUCGGGUGGCUCUAUCAGUGUCAACGGCUAUGCUGUUACGGUCCCGAAGAACUUGAUUGUCCAGUUUCCUGCCGCAUGGAUUCCAUGGAAAAACGUUGCUGGCGAUGCCAAUCUGAGCGGCUACGAGGUCUCCGUCACUGGCAACGUCGUAAACGGUGUUCCAAUUGCAGGCCAGAUCCAGAUUUCACAGGAGUUGCUGAACGCAGGUGCUGGCGUCAUUGAGUCAGUCAACAUUGGGAGCAACUCUUUCAAGCUCGUUGGCGGCCCCACUGUCGUUAUCAACGAUCCCAACGCAGUCUACUCCACCGGGUACACCGACAACCCUGCCUUCACGGCUGAUGAUGAGAACCCCAGCAUCACUGCUUUCUCUGGCUUCCCCAUGUGCAUCCCGAGGUCCAAGACGGAUCCUCUGUGCCCGCUCACUAGCCGCCCUGGCUCGACUAACCCGGGUGCAUCUACUUUUGCCGCCAUUGACCCGCUAGUCAUGGCUCCUUUUAUUCCUGGGGACUAUGUGCAGUGGUCCGGCAUCACUGUCGGCGGCACCGUCUAUGCUUAUGCCAUCGUGGCCGCCAACGUACAGAUCACUACGGACGGCAGCAAGGGCCAGCCUGUCUACAUCCGGAUGGAGGACGCAAUUAUCGGUGUAGUCGACCCCACCACGGGCGUGGCCGCGAACAACGAGUUUGGAGACACGAGGUUCAUAGGGUACACUUCUGAUUCCAACAACGCAAACGCGGCAGUCACCAUCAACGCCAUCGAUGUUGACCCCUGCACUGGAGACGAGACCAACCGCCUUGUCGGCAGUGCCAGCCUGAAGGCUGGCGACGUGCGUAACAAGUUCACCUGGCGUGCAGACAACACCGUUGCCACCCAGUACACGCGAGAAUACCGCAUCAUCACCGCCGCAGGCAUCAAGAACACGACCAACGGCAUCCUCGCCGGCCAGUACGUCCAACCGGUGACGGAAUGGAUCUUCCCCGAACCGCUCGUGCCUGGCGUCAAGCCCCCGGCGCUCAACUACGCCACCUUCAACAACCUGGCCAACGGCAUCUUCCAAGAUGGCUUCCAAUACGGCCAGCUCGACCCGUGGCCGGGCGCGACCGCCCCCAGCCCUGCCGCCUGCGCCGCGCCCAAGCCCUCCACAACGACAGCCGCAACCGGCCCCACCGCCCUCACACCCAAGGUCAACGUCGGCACGCCCGCCACCACCAUCCCCGGCGCGCUCGUCACGCUGGCGGCCAAGGACGACUCGGGCAACGCCGCGUCCAACAUCGCCUUCUCCUGGACCCAAGUGGACGGGCCCAGCGUCUCUCUCGCGCCCUCGCAAGUGACGGCCGCCUCGCUCAGCUUCACCGCCCCCGCGCAGGCCUCGGCCACGCCCCAGGUCAAGCGCGUCUUCAAGUGCACCAUCUCCACGGCCGGCACCAGCCCGCUGAGCUCCAGCGCCAACGCCACCGUCACCACCGACGCCACCCUCGCCGACACGGUCGUCAUCGACGCCUUCACGUGGACGACGCAGCAGGGCGGCACCCUCAACGUCGCCGCGCACACCAACGUCCUGUGGGACCAGACCACCACGCCUGCGGGGCCGAAGCUGACGCUGCAGUUCGGCACGGCGACGGGCACGGGCUUCACCGACAGCGGGAUCGCGGGCGUGUAUGCCGGAGGCGGCAAGUGGACUUUUGGCGCGAGGAGCACGAAGAAGCCCGCGUCGAUCAGGGUCAGUUCGGACAGGAAGGGGACUGCGGUGUUGACGGCGACGACGGCGAGGAAGAGGGACUUGGGCGGGAGUGCGGGGUGGAGGGGGGAGGAGGCUUGGGGGGAUGAGUAG